GGCAAUUUUGGGAAACCAAGUGAAUUUUGUGGGCUUUAUGUAGUAAUUUGUGGGCGAUGUUUAACAAAUCCCCAGAUUUUUAUGGUGGGAUUUCGAUUCGUUUCCUUGGUGGUGGUAAGUUGGGGUUUCAGAUCUAAAUUAGCGGUGGUUUGUUGGGGUUUCGAUUUGUUGGAGGUGGUAACAAGGUGGUUGUUUCGGUUCGCUGGUGGUCGUGCGAGUUGGUUGGGUGGGUUCCUUGGUGGUCGUCUGGUCGGUGGUAGUCGUGCGAGUUAGUUGGGGUUUCGGUUUGUUGGAGGUGGUAAGGUGGUCGGCUGGUCGCUGGUGGACGUGCGAGUUGGUUGGGUGGGUUUGUUGGUGGUCGCUGGUGACGUGGGGCUUUAAUUGGUGGUGGUGCGAGUUGGUUGGGUGGCUUUUGGGUGGUUGUGGUGGGGUUUCAGAUAUUCAUGGCGGUGAGAGGGUGGUUACAAGGUGGGUGCUGGUGGUGAUUAUUUUUACUCUCAUCCAAUUGAAAAAUUAUGUGAAGAGAAACAACUACUGUCCACAGUUUAAAAUACUGAAGAUUGAAACAUGACUGUCUGACCUUACAACUUACAGGGCCACUAUUGGGAUUGGCUUCUUGACGAAAACCAUGUAUCUUGAAGACCGAACAGUGCGCUUGCAACUCUGGGAUACUACUGGACAGGAAAGAUUUCGGAGUCUUAUUCCCAGUUACAUCAGAGAUUCUUUAGUUGAUGUUAUCGUCUAUGAUGUUUCUAAUUUGAACAGGCAAGUCUUUAUAGAAGAAGGAGAUAAUAAGGCUCGUGAUGCAGGGGUAAUUUUCCUGGAGACCAGUGCAAAAGCAGGAUUCAAUAUAAAGUUAGAUGUGCACUACUGGAAUUAUCAUGUUGCAGUUAACUCUAGAGUUAGCUUGAACAGGACAGAGGCACAGCCACAGAAGCAAAUAGAUUCCAAGCCAGCCCGAACAGGACAGAGGCACAGUAGAACAGAAACAGCCGCACAGCAAACAGCAGAGCAGCCUAUCAGCCUGAACAAACAACAACAAAUCAACACAGCAGCCAGCAGAGCAGCCACCAGCACAAGACCAGGACAACUCAGACAGUAUGCUGUUUUUGAAGAAAAUAUAUAUGUUAGUGUUUAUAUGUCCAUUUUUUUUUUUAGUUGUUUAAAGUGUAAUAUUACAAGCUACUGA